GUCCACGUCCCGGCUCCUCCCGCCCAAACCCCCCAGUUCCACGCUCCAGCCCUUUCAGUUCUAAGCCGGGCCCACGCCUAAGCCCCGUCGCCGGUCUCAGCUCGGGUCCCAAGGCCAGAACCGCACCUCCCCACCCUAGCCAAAGCCGUGAACCCCCGAGGCCGAAUCACGCUGCCCUAUUGCAGCCCCCUUCCAGGGGCGGAACUGCACCAGGUGCGGGGACCCGGGGCGUGGCGGCGUCACGGAACGCCAGGUGCGGCUUCGCGUCAAGAUGGCUCCCGCCGGCCGCUCCGGGGCCUGGCUCCGGCCCUACCGCCGCCUUCCAGCCAGGGCCCCGCUGCUGAGCUUUGCCCUCGGCUUCCUGUGCUGGGCCCCGGCCGUUGUGGGCGGCGUCCCCGAGCUCGGGCUGUGGACCGCGACGGUCAAUGAUAAAUCAGGACCAUUGAUAUUUAGGAAAACUAUGUUUAACUCUACAGAUAUCAAGUUUUCUGUUAAGUCAUUCAGCUGUUCUGGGCCUGUGAAGUUUACUAUAGAGUGGCAUUUGAAGUACCAUAUCUGUCACAAUGAACAUUUUGAGCUGGAAGAGCUGUCACGAAGCCAUGAACUUAGUGUUGAUGAAGAUUUUUGUGGUCAUUAUUUCAAGAACAUUGAUUGUUGGGCAACAAAAAACGAAAACUUGGAUUGCAAUAGUGAUUUACAGGUGUUCCCAUCAUUGAAUAAUAAAGAACUAAUAACAAGUAAUAGAAAUGUUUCAAACCACGGAGGGUCAAUGGAUAUUGUAGCCAGAACACAGAGAGAUGGAUUUCAUAUCUUUAUUGUUUCCAUUAAAACCGAAAAAACAGAUGCACAAUGGAAUUUGAAUGUUUCUCUUUCCAUGAUGGGUCCUCAUGGAUAUAUCUCUGCAUCAGAUUGGCCUUUAAUGAUUUUUUACAUGGUGAUGUGUAUCGUUUAUAUUUUAUAUGGUAUACUCUGGCUAACAUGGUCCGCCUGUUAUUGGAAAGAUAUAUUGAGAAUCCAGUUCUGGAUUGCAGCUGUUAUUUUCCUGGGAAUGCUUGAAAAAGCUGUUUUUUAUAGCGAAUACCAAAAUAUCAACAGCACUGGACUAUCAACUCAAGGUUUAUUGAUAUUUGCAGAGUUGAUAUCAGCGAUUAAGAGGACAUUGGCACGCCUACUAGUGAUUAUUGUGAGCUUGGGUUAUGGCAUCGUCAAGCCUCGGUUGGGAACAGUCAUGCACCGGGUGAUUGGGCUGGGCCUGCUCUACUUCAUCUUUGCAGCUGUUGAAGGCGUGAUGAGAGUCGUUGGGGCAAAUGAUUCUGAUCUUGUGCUUCUGGCCAGCCUCCCCCUCUCUCUCCUUGACUCUGGCUUGUGCUGGUGGAUUUUCAUAAGUUUGGCACAAACUAUGAAGACUCUAAGGCUAAGAAAGAACACAGUGAAAUUUUCUUUAUACAGGCACUUUACAAAUACUCUGAUCUUUGCUGUACUGGCUUCUGUAAUCUUUAUGGUGUGGACAACCAAGACAUUUAGAAUUGCAAAAUGUCAAUCAGAUUGGAUGGAACACUGGGUUGAUGAAGCAUUUUGGAGCUUUCUUUUUUCGCUUAUCCUUAUUGUAAUAAUGUUUUUGUGGAGACCAUCAGCAAAUAAUCAGAGGUAUGCCUUCCUACCCUUAAUAGAUGAUUCUGAUGAUGAAAUUGAAGAAUUCAGGGUAACAUCUGAAAAUCUGACUGAAGGGAUAAAAUUAAGAGUCUCAAAGACGGCUGCCAAUGGAACUGCUAAACCUACUACUGAUAAUUUUGAUGAAGAUUUGAAGUGGGUAGAAGAAAAUAUUCCCUCUUCAUUCACAGAUGUUGCUCUUCCAGUAUUAGUGGAUUCAGAUGAGGAAAUCAUGACCAGAUCUGAAAUGGCAGAAAAAAUGUUCUCUUCAGAAAAAAUAAUGUGAUUGGGACGAAUAUAUCUGAAACUAGCUAAUGGUGAAGAACUCACUUAAGACUCUAAGAGAGCUUUGUUUUAAUAUAGUACAAAAAGUUUUUAUUGCAUCAUCUUAGAAAUGUAUAUAUUAAAUUAAAUAUCCAGGUGGUGGGGAGGCCUAGCAACCCUUCAUAAACUGACUCCUGUCUGGACUUGGAAAUAAUCAGAGACAAGUAUUAGGAUAAACAUACAUUUCCAUCAUCCCUUACCUGAUGGAUGGCAAGUGUGUGGAUUUGGGUUCUCUCUUUUUCUGGAAAACUGGACAGCUCCAGGUUUAAAAGCUUUUUUUACGUAAAUGCAGCCAUUUUGCUAACCUUUGAGCUAGUUGAUGUGAUUCUCCUAAAUAUGAAAAGGCAUUGUCUCCGUGUCUUGGAUUUAUAGUUACUAGACACAGUAAUAGUUUUCUUUGACUGUUGUACUGAAGGGACUUAAUAAGAAAAAGUUGGCUGCCACUGGAAAAUGAGGGUGGUUAUGUGAUUAGUUGUGCCGUGUGUGCACCUGUGUGUGCAUGCACACACAUUCCCACAAAGCCCUUGUUUGCAAAUGCCACCAUGCACAUCAAAUCAUGGAAGUAGGAGCUCUGGAGACACAACUAUCCACAGAGCGAGGGCGCGGGGGCCAUUCCAGAGCUCUGCCACUCACGCCGGCUCGGCCUGUGUGUGCAUGUGCUGCCGAGUCUGCCCUGGGCAAGCGGUGGGCACCCGCCAUGGGGCUCCCCGAGCACUUCUUCCCCCGCAGACUGGAUGAAUCAUGACCAGUGAGCUUUAGGAAACUUAGAACUUACCUUUGGUGUAAUCUUGACAUAAUUUGGGUUUGUAAUGAAACAUUUGCACAGCACAUCACUAUUAAUAUUUUGAUUUGUUAACUUUCAACCAUGUUUAUACAAUAUUUUGUUACAUUUAUAUGUAAUGUGUAAAUGUGUAAUUUGAAGUUUUUUUUUUUUUUUUGAAAUGCAGAGUGUUCUAAACUUAAAAGGCAUUUGAAUGUAGAAAUGUGAUGUUUUCCUACUUUCAUGACCAAAGAUUCAGGGGUAGUGGACAUUUAGAAUAGGAAUUAAAAUUAGAAUCUUGUAGGUCUUUCUUUGGAAAGUUGUAAUCAUGUGCAUUGAGAAUGACUUCAGGGACUGUUAUUUAAGAAGCAUUAAUGUCCUAACAUUUAACAAACAAAUAGAACCUUUUUGUGUAUGAAGCUACAAAACAAAAUUUUCUUUGAAAUCCUACUUUUUCAUUUCUUAUUUUCUCAUGUUCUAGAAGUUAGUAAAAAUUUAUUUCAAGUAAUAAUAUCCUUGAAUAUUUUCAAAAUUAAUUUCCUCUAGUAAAAUCCUAAUGGUAUCAAACAUUGCUGAAAAAGGCAUGGGUUUCAAGCUGUCACUCCUCUACAAUAUCAGUCCUGGAGGACUUCUAAGUUAUUAGUAUGGACUCUGUUCCUUAUUUACAUUUCUGCCACAGUGAUGGGGUCCCCCCCACCCACUGCAUUGUCCCAGCAUUUAUGUCCUCCACCCUCUGCCCAGUUGUUUCAGAAUGGAGGUAACCACUGCUUCUUGUUCCAAACAUUUUCGUUUAGUAGCAUGCCUCAAUCUGAGUCAGUCAUCCUCCCUUACCUGACUCAUCAUAUGAUUCUAAUUGAAUUUUAAAAUGCAGACUCCUGAGCUUCCAGCUAGCAGGAGUUGUAUAUUUAGUGACAUGGGGGUAGAUAUUUGAUGGUAGGUGUGAUGAUAAAGGCCACGGCUUCUGACAUACUCUCCUUAAUAUUAUAAAAAAACACAAUUUCUGCAGCUGGGAAGAGAAAUGACACUUCUACAAGGCUCAGCUACAGGUUGAAAUGCAAACUUUUCUGAUCAGUUAGAGAAAGCAGAAUGCCCUCCUCAUAGCUUUGAUAGAAAUACUGUUUCUCAAAGGACAUGUACUGUGUCUGUCACUUUUAAUAAUAAUUGUGUAGUCUGUUGCUGUCUCGUGACCCUAAUGGAAUAUUCCUGUGAAGGACCUUCAUUUAUUAAACCCUGGAGCCACAGAUGUAGUUCAUGUGAAGACACUGGAGAGAAGUUAUACCCUGCUUCUGCAUGAAGUUUCCAGAAAGACCAUCAAGGUCUUUGAAGCUAUCAGAUUCAUUUAUUCUUACUAUGUCAUCAAGAUGGGUGUCCCUAUUAAUGAAGGAAUCUGAGGAUGACUCCAGAUUGUACAUGUUUCUAGACAAAAAAGGUUAAGUGUUCUUAUACAACAGAUUUAUAUGAUAUGUGAAAUUUACUUAAAAGAAAAUUGUCAUGGUCUGAGUUAGUGUUAAACUAUCUAAAUAUGUGAACUUUUUAAGCUAAAGAGGUAAGAUAAUCCCUUCCUUGUAGAAGAAAUUACUAAUGUCUUUCAUAUUUCAUAGAAAAUACUGACUUUCUCCCUUAAUACAGUAUAAAAUUGCUGUAUAUUGUUUGCACUACUGUAAUGUCAAAAUUGAAAAUAUAAAAAUGUUAAUUCCUUUUUUUUUAAUGGGGUUUGAAUCUUUAAAUUAGGCCAUACAUGACUGGGUUUAAGUUGAGAUAUGUUAUACUAAAUUUAUAUGUCACUUCUCUGGGUACUACUUCUAUCUUUGAUCAACAGCAUGCAAUAAGCAAUACAGAACACCAAGCCUUACACUUACAAGAAGUUUAACAUUGGUUAAAGUUCUAAACAUAUCAAAUAUACAUGUGACUAAGCUAGAUUUUUAAGGAGAUGUAUAUUAUAAUGCAAGGCUCACUACUGCAUUAAACAAGGUCUUUAGGACUAGGGGAACGUUUAUCUGGGGAGAAAGUUUAGGGGUAUAAGAAAUUAUAUUUUUCUAUUUUAAAAGGUUAAAUUAUUGUAUAAUUUGAAAGAAAUUGUUUUGAAUGUAAGACAGAACUAUUUGAAGUACUUUUGUUUGAAAAAAUUAAUGUAUUUUUGUGCCUUAAUAUUUGUUCUGACUUAAUAAAAUACCUUAUGGAAUUUUGGAUGACUGGCUGUUGGUAAUAUCCACUAAGUUAUUAAUGUAUAGGAAAUAUAGACUCCAUUGGAUUAUAGGACAUAAGGUUCAGAAGAGGUACAUCUAAUUAGUCGGUAUGGAAGAGUGUUCAACCCCCGUAGUAACCACAGAAAC